CUCAGACCAUAUCGACACUUGAUCACACUACACUACCUACACACACAGACCACAGUCACCACAUCAUUCAUCAUGAACUCCACCGUCAAGACUCUUUGCCGCACUGCCGUCGCUGCCCCUCGGGCUCUCCGUCUCAGCGUCAACCAGACCAGACGCCUUAGCAACACUACUCCCGAUGCCGCCCAUGGCCGUGAGGGUGCGGUCCACGACCCCAUCAUGGACAAGUUCUGGCGUGCGGAGACUGUCUCCCCCGCGGCCCCCACCGUGAAGACCUCCGCCCCGGCUGCCAGUCCUUCCACAUCGACCUUCACUUCUCGCGACCCUCCUCUGGGUACAUCUGUUUUCGAGCCAUCCAUUGCCCCUCGCUGGUCUGAGUAAAUGGUGUCAGUCUCCUUUGGGCAGCUAUUCCACAGAGGAUGAUGCUUCGCCCACUGGGCAUGGCUGAGCCAAGCACCCAACCACCCAACAUUAGGCGAUUCCUAUCCCACCCAGAACGCCUUGAACGAAGAAGAGAAUGGGGAUAGUACCCCGCGACUUCAUCCGACUGAUACCCCAUCUACCCCAUUAUAUCAACCCACGUUCGACAAUGGUGGUUGGGAGACUCCCGCCAACACCACCAACACAACACAGGUUGACCAGGACACAAAGACACCUUGGCCCUUGAAUGCGGCCGAGUGAGUCCAAGUCAACAUGAUCUAUUCUGUCUUUCAGAAAUACCCAUGUAUAUUGCAUUAUUAGGAUUGCUGGGAUUGGGAAACCACUGGUCCAUCUACUGGCAUUGGAACCAGGAACAAGGCCCUCUUUUAACCGAGACCUAGUGAGGCUCUCAGUUGGCCAAGCUGCUUUUUAGCGUAGCGUGAUGAAUUCAAAUGAGUUAAACUGUUAAACCAACUGCUCUG